CUCUCGGAGCGGCAGCCGCCUGGGGCGCUAGGGUCGGGUCGGCCGCGGGGACGCUCAGCUCCCGCCAAGUCGCCGCCUCAGGUCAGAGUCGCCCCGGGCCACGCGGCCGGCCGGAGGGACGCGGAAGGAGAGACCCGAGGCGCUGCGCUGGGGUACGGGGUCGUGCGCGGCCUGAGGGGACCGAGUGUGACGACAAAGUGACCGGACUGAGGAGCAGUUACCACACUCUGACAGGACUCUUGUGUGACUGACAGCCUGACGGCGAGCGGCGGCGGCGGCUCUCUGCUGAGGGGACGCGGACCGAGAAGUCCCACUCUGACAGGACGGUGUGACAGACAAGAGGGGACGCGGUUGGGAAGUCACACUCUGACAGGACCGCGAGCGUGACAGAGUAACAGAAUCUCCACUGAGGGGACCCGGCUGAGGAGAAGUCACACUCUGACAGCACCAAAUGCGACAAGAUUUGAAAGAAGCUAACUGCAAACCACUGAUAUCCAAGAAAGACAUUUUUUAAACAAGGACUACCCUUUACAGAAAUUACAAUGGUUGACACAGAGAUGCCAUUUUGGCCCACCAACUUCGGGAUCAGCUCUGUGGACCUCUCUGUGAUGGAGGAGCACUCCCAUUCCUUUGACAUCAAGCCCUUCACCACGGUAGAUUUCGCCAGCAUUUCUGCUCCGCACUAUGAAGAUAUUCCCUUCACAAGAGCUGACCCAAUGAUUGCUGAUUACAAAUAUGACCUGAAGCUCCAAGAAUACCAAAGUGCCAUCAAAGUAGAACCUGUAUCCCCACCUUAUUAUUCUGAAAAGACCCAGCUCUACAACAGGCCUCAUGAAGAGCCUUCCAACUCCCUCAUGGCCAUUGAGUGCCGAGUCUGCGGGGAUAAGGCGUCAGGCUUCCACUAUGGGGUUCACGCUUGCGAAGGAUGCAAGGGUUUUUUCCGAAGAACCAUCCGAUUGAAGCUUAUUUAUGAUAGGUGUGAUCUUAACUGUCGGAUCCACAAAAAAAGUAGAAAUAAAUGUCAGUACUGUCGGUUUCAGAAGUGCCUCGCCGUGGGGAUGUCUCACAAUGCCAUCAGGUUUGGGCGGAUGCCACAGGCCGAGAAGGAGAAGCUGUUGGCGGAGAUCUCCAGUGAUAUCGACCAGCUGAACCCAGAGUCUGCUGAUCUCCGGGCCCUGGCGAAGCAUUUGUAUGACUCAUACAUAAAGUCCUUCCCGCUGACCAAAGCCAAGGCGAGGGCGAUCUUGACAGGAAAGACAACAGACAAAUCACCAUUUGUCAUCUACGACAUGAAUUCUUUAAUGAUGGGAGAAGAUAAAAUCAAGUUCAAACACAUCACCCCUUUGCAGGAGCAGAGCAAAGAGGUGGCCAUCCGCAUUUUCCAAGGGUGCCAGUUUCGAUCCGUGGAAGCCGUUCAAGAGAUCACAGAAUAUGCCAAAAACAUCCCUGGUUUCAUUAACCUUGACUUGAAUGACCAAGUGACUCUGCUCAAGUACGGUGUCCAUGAAAUCAUCUAUACAAUGCUGGCCUCCCUGAUGAAUAAAGAUGGAGUCCUCAUAUCAGAGGGUCAAGGAUUCAUGACCAGGGAGUUCCUCAAAAGCCUGCGGAAGCCCUUUGGUGACUUUAUGGAGCCCAAGUUUGAGUUUGCUGUGAAGUUCAAUGCACUGGAAUUAGAUGACAGUGACUUGGCCAUAUUUAUAGCUGUCAUUAUUCUCAGUGGAGAUCGCCCAGGCUUGCUGAAUGUGAAGCCCAUUGAGGACAUCCAAGAUAACCUGCUGCAGGCCCUGGAGCUCCAGCUCAAGCUGAACCACCCGGAGUCCUCACAGCUGUUCGCCAAGGUGCUGCAGAAGAUGACGGACCUCCGGCAGAUCGUCACAGAGCACGUGCAGCUACUGCAUGUCAUCAAGAAGACGGAGACGGACAUGAGCCUUCACCCCCUGCUCCAGGAGAUCUACAAGGAUUUAUAUUAGCAGGAAAGCCCUGCCCGCUGACGUGUUCCUUCUUUCGAUUGCACUAUUAUUUUGAGGGAAAAAAAAAUCUGACACCUAGAAAAUUUACUGUGAAAAAGCAUUUUAAAAACAAAAGGUUUUAGAACAUGAUCUAUUUUAUGCAUAUUGUUUAUAAAGAUACAUUUACAAUUUACUUUUAAUAUUAAAAAUUAUCACAUUAUGAAA